AUGCUAGCCGUGGAGAUUAACUGCCAAUGGUUCAAUUUGGAGGUUCUUAAAUCGUACUUGAACAACACUAGUCAAGCCCGGAUUAUCCAACCCCCACGCGACGUUGCAGUUCUGGACGGCGAAGAUGCCAUGUUCUACUGCGGCGUCGAGGGCAACCCCCAACCUAGUGUCACGUUUUUAAUCGAUGGCCAGUCUGGCCGUCUGUCGAAGGAGACGGGCAGGGUAACCCCCACGCCAGACGGUGGGAGCUUCUUGCGACUAUUCAAGGUCACUGCCAAGCAGAGUGGAAUCAAAAUCGAGUGCUUAGCCAGCAAUCACGUCGGCAAUGACAGAGCCUCGGCCAGUUUGAAGGUCUACGAAUACACUGAUGAUGUGCCCGUGGGAUUCCCGAAGUUUAUUCACACCCCAAGAUCCCACUCCACGGACGUCGGGAAGCCGGUCCAGUUAGAGUGUGCAGCUGAGGGAAAAGGGGAUUUGACAUUUUUGUGGUUGAAAAACGGAUUACCAGUAGUAAGUCAAGAUCAGGAUUUGGCAUCGGUGGUUGGUGUGCCACUGGACACGACGGUGCACUCCACAAGGUACAACAUCAAGAGUGAGGUUAACGGUCUGACGGCUGCACAGCAACCACUGUCGUUCGAAAAUGUCAACACAUCCGACGACGCCUACUACGAAUGCGUCGUCAUAACCAAAAUCGGAUCGAUAAUCAGCUCAAAGGCUCACCUUGCUGUGAAAGAUACCUUCUACCCACCGUCGAUUCUUGAACAGCAGGAGAGAGUCGAAGUUAGACCGGGAAAGGGCGCGAACCUCACGUGUACCGCCAGUGGCAAUCCUCAAGCCCAGGUGAGGUGGCUAACAGAUCAGGAGAAGCCACUCACCGAGGCUGUCGAGUGGAGAGCCAUGCUGUUCCUCACUGACGUCACGGAACCCCGGGUCUACAUCUGCGUGGCCAACAACAAUCUUGGACAGGUUCAGCAUGCCGUCAGAGUUGACAUUGUCGACGUUCCACGUGCUCCUGUUGACCUCGAAUGCAUUGCCAGAGGACCAACGCACGCAAACCUUCGGUGGUUUCCCGGUCGUGCGGCCGGGGAGGCCCACGCUGAUCCCUCUCGUGUCUCCCCCGUCCCCAUCACCUCCUACACCCUCAUUGUCACCGACCUUGACGCCUUCGAUGGACGACAGACGGUCAAACGCAAACUCACCGAUAUUUCACCGUGGAAGAUCCAAGCGGAUGGGUCGGUUCAGCUGAAGGUGACCGAUCUCAAACCUGACCAUCGGUACACCGCCGAAGUCUACGCCCUGAGCACCAAAUUCGGCAUCUCCGACGCUAGCAACCAGAUUGCCUUCAGAACGCUUGAAUCACCGCCUGGAGGUCCGCCUCUGUCCAUUCACGCGACGGCUACGUCUGGAGACUCCAUAACCGUCAGUUGGAGACCACCCAUGGAACCAAAUGGAAAAAUAAAUGGCUACAAGGUAUACUACUCGACGCACCUCCGCACCCAACUGGAGCAGUGGCAGGUGCUUCAGACGUCCAAAACUCACGCAGUUCUGCAGGACCUUGUGAAAAUGGCCACCUACUACAUCAGAGUGAACGCCUUCAAUUCAGCUGGGGACGGACCAAUGAGCGACGUCCACCCCAUCAUCGUUAAUCCUGGGGUUCCACCACAACCGUCCAACUUUCGUGGAGUCAGCCCAACACCCACGGCGAUCCAAUUGAUCUGGUCACCUCCGGAGAUGUCGCACGACAUGGCCAUCCUCGACUACCAACUUCAAUGUCGACCUGCAAGUGAGGCCGCGGUCAACGAGGCAGCUCCGCAGAUCCCCCUGGCAAUCACCGUUCCACCAAAUCACACAGGUUGGAUCCUCAAAUCUCUGCAGCCCGACACCAUGUACCAGGUUUCGUUGUCUGCGAGAACUAAACACGGGACUGGCGUGCCUGCGAGACUGGAAAUCCGCACGCUAAGCAAUCCCUGCACACUCAUUCUCUUGUCAAGGCGCGCCCAAUCAGUCGAUACUGAUGCCCAGAGUCACCACUUUUUUGAACUCAGCGCCAAUCCGUGUCACGAGGAUCCUGGGUUUUGUUUUUCAGUCCCAACACCUCCACAGGACCUUACGCUGGACACGUUCCGACGCGAGACGGCUGUCACCGGUGGUGGGAUGCCGGUGGAUUACAUUGUCCUGAAACUGCAAUGGAAGCCGCCAGAGGAGACUUUCGGGGAACUGAAAGGGUACCAGGUCUCGUUCCGGCUCGUUGGACCGCCAGAUCUCCUGAUGACAGCCAAAACCGUGGAAGGUGACGCUGGCAAAAUGCUGGACGGCAGUGGACAGGUUAUUCCAACGCACGCUGUUCGUCGAAAUGUCACUGGGACGUCAUAUACGUCGACGCAGAUUGACAAUAUACAGAAGGAGCUUGCGACUGCAAACGAAACUGUUCCCACGAUUCAGCAUAUUGCUUUAGCAGGAAAGUCCGUUCACGAAUCUACCUUGGGAGUUCACUAUUACGAGUUCAGUUCGCCGCAGAACACCGCCAACUAUCUGAACACGACGCAGCCAUUGGUGCGCAUUGACGGGCUUCAAGAAAGAACUGUGUACACGUUUCGUGUUAGAGCAUUCACAAGUUCCGGGCCUGGACCGUGGUCAGCAUCCAACACAAUUCGCACGACAGCUGAAGUGCCACAUCCACCGUUGCACAUCAAAGCAGAAAGAAUCAACCAGCGCCAAAUCAAGGUUACCUGGAGCCUGUCAAGUCGUUCCAUUCACAGCCUCGGCACAAACUACCACCAGCGACCGAUCCCAGUGACUGGCUUCCGCAUCUACUACGCCGCUCACGACACCGUCGUCGACCCGUCCAGUGAACGCAUCCUCGAAGUCGGCGCUGUCACCAUGGCGACGUUGGAUGACGUCUCGUCCACGGAGAGUUACAUCAUCAAGAUCCAGUCACGCGGAACUGACAAACGCUUCGGAAAUUGGAGCGAACCAGUCAUCGUUAGUGCCAAUCGAUAUGGCGUGGAUCAGAGAGUCGGAGGAUACCAGCUCAGACGGGUGGAAGACCUUCGCUGUUUCGCCUUAAAAGCCGACGAUCAGACGAAUCUCAUGGACGCAAGUCUUCGGCUCACAUGGCUUCCACCGCUGGACCGACGAAUGCUGAAGGAAUACGAGAUUCGUGUCAGCGGGGUUAAGUCCUACAUCAAUGAACUCAACGACCCAGUAAGACUCACUCUUGGACCACGCAAGCUGAUCGUCACUCCAACGCGAUCGUCGACUGGGCAUUCAGGCGACGUGGCGCUCAGGAACGACUUCCUGCCCGUGGACUCCGACACCCUGCUGGUUCACACGAUCGAUAAACUCGAACCGAACGCCGUCAUUGACGUCGAGGUGAGGCCAGUCUACGAGACCCCUGCGGGUCGUCAAAUCGACGAAGUUGAGUCGUUCUGGGAACAAACAAGUUGUCGAACCGGAAUGCAACCUCCGACAAACAUAACCGCACCUGUGCCCGUGGCCUUCAGGGCUGAUGCCAACGAGGUGGUGAUGCGUUUGCUGAGAGUCAGCGAAAAUCUUGGACCCAUUCGACGGUACUACCUCAUCGUUAGCAGUCCUGAACGCGCUCGUGCAAUCACUGCUACCGACAACUUUGAUUGGCAUGCAGAGAUUCUUCGUGUGUCACCGAAUCAAGACGGUGAAACACGACUCGCUGCAGAAUUCACCCAACUUGCCUUCGAGACGUCACAGUUGGAAAUACAGGUGGGUGGACGGAGCGGCUUGAGGCAGAUUCGUCGACGUCGUCGAUCAGGUGACGCGACGUCUUCUCUCAGGAUCCCCAACGAUCCUGCACUCAUGCUCAAGAAUGCUCCGAGUGACACCGGUCGGCCAAACUCAGAAAUCCUUCUCUACGACUGCCGUCUGACUAAAGGACGGCUUUACAGGGCCCUGCUUUUGGCUUGCAUUUAUCCGGAUGUGCAGUAUUUGGUGCCGUUGAAUAAGCGCUCACAACAUGGUUACUUCAAUGGCAAUUCGGCCGAAACCAAGACCUCCUUGAAUGUUGGCAACGAGGAUGAGGACAGCAUCAGUCUGAACUACUGCUCCGCCAGUCCGUGGUCGCUGACCUUCACGCCGGACAAGAACCUCAUCGUAGCCAAUGGAAACGACCUGUCGGAGGCCAUCGGUGUUGGCGACCCCGGGGUCAACGGACCGAACCUCCGCGCCAGUCCCUCCUUCUUCACCAUCAUCCUCGUCACCGUCAUCAUCGGUCUAGGCUUGGUUGCUGUUAUUUGCAUCGCGGUGCAGUGCUUCUUUAGGCGAAGACCAAAGCAGCAGAGAAAUUCAAUCGGAGCAAAACUUCCCAAGGCGGACAACAGCUUGAAAGUUCCUCUCAUGCCACCGGCAUCCCACAACGUCGUCGUUCCUGGAAUUGACCCCGUCGAUCUUCCCUCAGUUGACGUGCAUAACAAAGCUGCCUCCCCCAUUCCAACCGGAUCUCGCGUGAACUCGCCCAGUCUGCGGUCGUCGAAAUUCUUCGACAACGGCGCCCUCCAGCAUCCCAUCUCGGCUUCCAGCACGCCCGCUCGCAGACAAACCCAGUCCUCGCUCGUCCAACCCCUGCCCGGCCAAUCGCCUAUCUCUCUCGACCACUUGGCCGUGCACGUCGCGAAUCUCAAGUGCUUCGACAACAGCGGUCUCUACAAGGAGUACGAGGCGAUCGAACCCGGUGGCGGCUUCACGUGGCAGAACGCCAACAUGGAGUUGAAUAAGCCGAAGAAUCGAUACGCCAACGUCAUCGCCUACGACCACAGCCGAGUUUUGCUCAGCCAACUUCCUGGUGUACCUUGCUCCGAUUACAUCAACGCAAAUUACUUGGAUGGCUACAGACGCCAGAAUGCGUAUAUUGCCACUCAGGGUCCCUUGCCUGAGACGUUUGGUGACUUCUGGCGAAUGGUGUGGGAGCAGAAUUCGAGAGUGAUUGUGAUGAUGACGAAGUUGGAGGAGCGCUCUCGCCUGAAAUGCGACCAGUACUGGCCAACCAGAGGCAGCGAGGUGUUUCCUAUCUACCCCCCUGGCGAUCUCAAGCCACCAAACCCACCUCCAGACUACACAGCUUUUUCCGUGACCCUGGUGAACGCCAGUGAUUACGCCUACUACACAAUCCGCACUUUCAAUCUGCAGAAGGUGGCUCCGUCGUCUAGCUCGCUGGAGUCAACCACUGCGGCUGUGUCUCAGGGUGGUCCAACGCUUCGUGGAAUCCAUCCUGCGGAGGGCCUACGGCCAGUGUCGGAGACACGGCAGAUCAAACAGUUUCAGUUCACGGCGUGGCCCGAUUGUGGCGCGCCAGAACGCCCUCAGCCCCUACUUCUCUUCACGCGUCAAGUCAGUGAGGUGCGGAACAUCCUGAACCAGCAGCACGCACAACGGAGCCAGGAAAAUGGUGGUGUGCCUGGCGUUAGUUCAACCCUUGCAACCCACGGAGGCAGUCGAAUCGGACCGACCAUCGUCCACUGCUCUGCGGGUGUCGGACGAACGGGCGCCUUCAUUGUCAUCGAUUCGCAAUUGGAGAGAAUGAAAGCCGAGAGUUCAGUGGACAUCUUUGGGUCGGUGAGUCGGAUGCGAACGCAGCGCAACUUCAUGGUUCAAACGGAGCAGCAGUACGCCUUCCUCUACGAGGUUGUGGUGGAGGCAGCUCAGGUAGCUGGCAGCGAAGUUACCGCCCACAGCCUCUACAAUUACGUCAUGAAGCUGCGUCAGCCUGCACCCACGUCAAUGCUCACCAUGUACCUCGGUGACGCUGGAAAAACGGGAUUCCAACCAAACAUAACAGCCCUGGAACUCGAAUUCCAGCGUGUGUCGAUAAAUCUGCAAGUUUCUGGCCAGUGCACAAGUGCCCUUCUGCCAGAGAACCGUAACAAGAACCGCGUUGAUUACGUCCUGCCCUACGAGAGCAACCGAGUGAUCCUUUCCACGAUUCGCGGUGUUGAAGGCGCAGAUUACAUAAAUGCCAGCUUCAUUGACGGCUACUGGCACGAGAAAGCCUACAUUGCCACACAAGCGCCGCUAGCCAGCACAACUAACGACUUUUGGCGCAUGAUUUGGGAGCAUAACUCUCCUAUCAUCGUGAUGCUGAGUGAAACGACGGAGAACGGGAGGGAACAGUGCUUCCAGUACUGGGCGUGUGAGCGUUCCCAACGCUACCAGCAAUUCCUCCUUGAACCCAUGGUCGAGUACAACAUGCCGAGUUUUGUUCUGCGCGAGUUCCGUCUUACGGACACCCAGGAUGGCCAGUCGCGGACGGUGCGGCAGUUCCAGUUCUCUAAUUGGCCCGACAACGGGGUUGCCAUUUCGCGAGCGGCUGAAACUCUCAUUGAAUUGGUCUCCCAGGUUCACAAGACACAGGCUCAAUUUGGCCAGGAUGGCCCAAUCACCGUGCAUUGCAAUGCCGGCGCAGGUCGCACGGGCAUUUUCAUCGCGUUGAGCAUUCUGCUAGAACGGAUGCGAUGCGAGGGCAUGGUUGAUCUCCUUCUCACUGUUCGACUCCUGCGAGGGCAGCGGAGUCAAAUGAUCGAAAAUGAGAGUCAAUACGCCUUCUGCUACACAGCGCUUCUGGAGUACUUUGCGUCAUUCGAGCAUUAA